AUGUCUUCUACGACUACGCAAACCAGCACUUCAUUGCCUACUCUCGCCGAUGCUGUAGCAUCGGGAGAGCGAAAGCUGCGCGAAGUAAUGGUCACAGUCCAGGAUGUCGUCCCGCCCCAAGUCAAGCCCAACGACAGGAGUAUCAAACACUUCUACGUACAGGCGCGCCCAACCUAUCUACUCGGCUACUUCAUGUCGCCGAAGAAGCUGUACGAAGGCGCUAAGAAGAACGGGAAGGCAGAAGCGACUAUGAAGGCUACUCUUGACAAGUACCUCGCAUACGUGAAGGAACACGGUGGGAUCACAUGGGGUGACGGGCUAGAGAGGAGAAUGUUAGGGGGAGAAGAGAGGUGGCUGUUCUGGCUGAUAAGAUCGGAGCGCAAGGAGGAUAUCUACACCGUGGAGUUGGAGGUGGUAGAUGGGUUUCGGAGACUCCUCGGCGUUGGCGUAGAUCCCGCCAUCAUCAUUUACCAACACCCUAAGCACUAUAUAUGCUGACGGUGUAUCACUGCCUGGCGAUCGGACUACCACACCUAGAGAAUCGCCUCAUCUUCGCAGCGGAGGCGAAGUUCAUCAUUGCCUAGCGGAAUACGGACGGACUUGUAGCCAUACCUGUAUUAUACCUGCGCGUCAGCGAUACCAUUCCCCAUGCUCCUUCGGAUGUGUGACGUCCAGAGGCUGCGUCGCGCGCUACUCGCG